AUGAUCAUGGGGCAUCUGCAGAAUCUCAUAACAUGGGCCAAGGCGCAAGGGAUAGUCAUCCGAGGCAUCGAGCCAAGAAAGAUCCCUGGCAGAGGCACAGGGAUUCUCGCCACGCGCAAAAUCAAGGCUGAAGAGGAGAUCCUGAGGGUGCCUGUCCGGGUUCUACGCUGCUUGGAGUCCGUGUCUACGAGGGUGCGGGAGAAGUUGCCUGCAGACACGACCAUCCAAGGGUUGCUGACUGCGGAGCUGGCACUUGACAAGACUCCUCACUUUAGGCCUUGGAAAGCUGUGUUGCCGGAGAUGAGUGGUUUCGAAGCAGGUAUGCCCAUGUUGUGGCCGAGGGAGCUGAGUGAUCUUUUGCCUCUGGAGUCUAGAGAUCACCUCCGGAAACGAGAAAAGGAGUUUCAGAGCAGCUGGAGUGCCUUCAGGGAUGAAUUUCCGGACGUUCCGAUUGAGGAGUAUACGUAUGCCUGGAUGAUUGUCAAUACACGGUCGUUUUACAACGAGACGCCGGAGACGUUGAAGUACCCCUGGGAAGACAGGCUGGCCCUGAUCCCGGUGGCCGACUUGUUUAAUCAUUCAGAUGAUGGGUGUAAAGUCUAUUACUCGCGUCAUGUGUACCAGAUUGUUGCGGAUCGGGCGUACAAGAAGGGCGAAGAGUUGUUCAUCUCAUACAGUAGCCAUUCCAACGACUACAACUUGCUGGAAUAUGGAUUCAUCCCUGAUGAGAACCCAUCGGAUGACGUCUACAUCGACGAUGUGGUGUUUCCUAAGCUAAGCAAGAAUCACAGGGAAGAACUCAAGAAGCGAGAUUUACUGGGGGAGUAUCCUCUGGCAUCUUCGACCGAGGAGUUUCGCCGCACGCAGGGAGUUUUGCGGUUGCUUUGCUGUACGACGAAGCAGUUUCACGAGUUCCUUAACGGUAAGGAAAAGGGGCGACUUGUUCAGGAUCGGGUUGAUGAAUACCUUGUGGGUUUACUUGAGGAAUUGUUGAGGGAUGUUGUUGUGAAGCGAUUGCAGCAGAUUGGGGAGCUCAAGGUUGGAAGGGAAAACCAGAGGGCGCUUCUGGAGAAACGAUGGAGACAGAUUGAGGGAUUAGUGAGGAAGAAGCUUGAGAUUUGUCGGCAUAGCUCGAAUUAG